UCCGCUUCCGCUCCGCCGUUCCCACAAUGCAGUGCGGCUGAGCGCCUCCGAGCCCGCGGGGACGCUGCGGGGGAACCCCGGCUGAGGCGGCGGCGGCGGCGGCGACGUGGGCUGCGGCGGGCCCGCGGCGUCGGGCGGUGCGGAUGUCGGGCUGGGCGGACGAGCGCGGCGGCGAGGGAGACGGGCGCAUCUACGUGGGGAACCUUCCGACCGACGUGCGCGAGAAGGACCUGGAGGACCUGUUCUACAAGUACGGCCGCAUCCGCGAGAUCGAGCUCAAGAACCGGCACGGCCUCGUGCCCUUCGCCUUCGUGCGCUUCGAGGACCCCCGAGAUGCUGAAGAUGCAAUUUAUGGAAGGAAUGGUUAUGAUUAUGGCCAGUGUCGGCUUCGUGUGGAGUUCCCUAGGACUUACGGCAGUCGGGGUGGGUGGCCCCGUGGUGGGAGGAAUGGACCUCCUACAAGAAGAUCUGAUUUCCGAGUUCUUGUUUCAGGACUUCCACCAUCAGGUAGCUGGCAGGACCUGAAGGAUCAUAUGCGAGAAGCUGGGGACGUCUGUUAUGCAGAUGUGCAGAAGGAUGGAAUGGGGAUGGUUGAGUAUCUCAGAAAAGAAGACAUGGAAUACGCCCUGCGUAAACUGGAUGACACCAAAUUCCGCUCUCAUGAGGGUGAAACUUCCUACAUCCGAGUUUAUCCAGAGAGAAGCACCAGCUAUGGCUACUCACGGUCUCGGUCUGGCUCAAGGGGCCGUGACUCUCCAUACCAAAGCAGGGGUUCCCCACACUACUUCUCUCCUUUCAGGCCCUACUGAGACAGGUGAUGGGAAAUUUUUCUUUAUUUUUUAGGUGAACUGAGCUGCUUUGUGCUCAGAAUCUACAUUCCAGAUUGAUGAUUUAGUGUCUUAGGAAAUUUUUUUAAUUUUUUUUUUAAGGAAAUAAAAUACAUAAUUUCUACCAGGGCCAUAUUGGCAGUGAAGCAUUUUAAACUGCAGAAAUUGUGGUUUUGGUUCAGAAAUAAGUUGUAUAUUUUUCACCCCUGAUUAUGGGAAAAAAAUCAGUGCUGUGUCUUUGUGGGUUGCUCUACUAUGGAGAUCAGCAGUUACUGUGACUGAGUCGGCCCAUUCUGUUUAGAAAUAUAUUUUAAACGUUUAGUAAUUGA